AAGAGGGAGGUUGAGUUGACAGUGUCACACACUUACACAGGGAAUAUGGAAUAACCGCUUUCCUAUCAGUCGGUACCGAGUGUUUACCGGAGGACUUGAGCCCUGUUCACCGCACCGAGCCCCCGCACUGUCCCGCAGUGUAACCGGGAGGACGCAUCAUCAUUAUAUCACUGUGUGAUACCAAAAGGAUUGGAAAGAAUUGAGCUCGACAAAACUCUGAAUUUUUGCUGCUACCAUCCAGCAGAACCUCUUAUCGUCAAAGCUUUGAAGUUACCUUUGAAAGUCCACGUCUAGGAGCCUCCAACAGAUCUCACUGUCUGACUUGAACCUACUCAGGAGGAAAUGGAGAACUGACCGGAAACCACCAGGCAACAGAAGGCCAACCCCCCCCCCUGUCCACCAGUGUCCAUGGCGGGGCUCAAACGUCAUCACGAUGGGAAGGUCGCCGGGCUGUAUGACCUGGAUAAGACGCUGGGCCGUGGACACUUUGCCGUAGUGAAACUGGCCCGACAUGUAUUCACAGGGGAAAAGGUUGCAGUGAAGGUGAUAGAUAAGACUAAGCUGGACCCGGUGGCGCGGGCACAUCUUUUCCAGGAGGUGCGCUGCAUGAAGAUGGUGCAGCACCCCAACGUGGUGCGCCUCUACGAGGUCAUCGACACGGCAACCAAGCUCUACCUCAUCCUGGAGCUGGGAGACGGAGGAGACAUGUACGACUGCAUCAUGAAGCACGAAGGAGGCCUCACUGAGGAGGUGGCCAAGUGUUACUUCGCCCAAAUUGUCCACGCCAUCUCCUACUGCCACCGGCUGCACGUGGUGCACAGGGACCUGAAGCCGGAGAACGUGGUGUUCUUCGAGAAGCUGGGCGUCGUCAAGCUCACGGACUUCGGCUUCAGCAACCGGUUUCAGCCCGGGAAGACGCUCAACACCUCCUGCGGCUCGCUGGCCUACUCUGCGCCUGAGAUACUGCUGGGGGACGAGUACGACGCUCCUGCUGUGGAUAUCUGGAGUCUGGGGGUGAUCCUGUUCAUGCUGGUCUGCGGUCAGCCCCCCUUCCAGGAGACUAACGACAGCGAGACGCUCACCAUGAUCAUGGACUGCAAAUACACCGUGCCUCCACACAUCUCCCAUGCAUGCAAAGACCUUAUAGCCCGUAUGCUGCAGAGGGAACCCACGAAGAGAGCGACCCUAGAGGAGAUCGGGGCCCACGAGUGGCUUCAAGGAGUCGACCCCUCCCCGGCGACCAAGCUGUCCACGCCUCUGGUGUCCCACCGCAGCCUGUCGGAGGAGGAGCACGGCUCCAUCAUCCAGCGCAUGGUGCUGGGGGCCAUCGCAGACAGAGACACCAUCACCGAGGCUCUGGAGUCGAAUCAGUACAACCACAUCACAGCUACCUACUUCCUGCUGGCUGAGAAGAUGCUGAGGGACAAGCAGGAGAAGGAUCAGCAUAACCAGACACGCUCCCCCAGCCCCAGCAAGGCCCAGUUCAGGCAGUCCUGGCCCACCAGAGUGGAUGUUCACCAGGAUGUCAGCGAUGGCUUGGGGGGUCCAACUAUCUCUCUCCCCGGGGGGCCACAGUCCCCUGCCCGCAGCGCUGAGAGCCUCCACAGAGGCCCCCGGCCCAAAACAGCCCUGCUGGACCUCGGCCAGCGGCCAGCAUUCGGCCAGACCCAGGAGAGGGGGCCCAGGCUUCCGGUGAAGCCCCACAUCAACCCCCUCAGGCUGGGAUCUCUGACCUCAGUGGGCCCUGGCAAAACUCGCAGUCCCAGUCUUUUCAGCGUGGAGGAGGACGAGGAAGAGGACGACAAACCUUCUUCCCUACCUGCUCAGGUGGUUCUUCGUGCUAAAGCUCCCUCGUCUUCUUCUGGUAAUCGGCUGACAUCCCGAAUGAGCGCCCCUGUUCUCAACCAGAUCCACGAGGAGGAUAAAGAGGAGGAAGAGCAGCAGGAGGGGAGGGAGCUGCAUGGAUUCGGCCCGCCCAAACCCAGCCUCAGUCUCAAUCUGAACCCUAGACCACCGUCCCCGACCACGCUCAUAUCAUCGCCGAAAACGGUAACACUAAGAGCACCGGUCGCUGUUUUCACCCCCAGCGCCGAGACUAGUGACGACGAGACAGAGAGUCACCAUGAACUGGAUACGAUGUCUGUAGAUGGAGACGGGGGCGAGAGGGAGGAGAGCAAAGAGGGGGGGGAGAACCGGGAGUCCAGUCCCUCAAACUGCGCCAGUCCUGGGUCCCUGUCGGGUCAAGGCAAGGCCAAAGCAGCCAGCGGUCUGGUGGAGAGCUUGAAGCUGAUGAGCCUGUGUCUGAGCUCUCAGUUCCACAACCUGACGGGGGGAGGAGGGGGGGGCGGGGAGGCGGGGGGGGUUGUUGUUGCUGGGGACACACAGGACCGCCCAAUGUGGAGGAUGUGCAUGGGCGGCUCCACCGGCAGCCUUGAUAAAGUCUCGCUCCUGGGCGGCCCCUCCCCCAGGGGGAACCUGUACCACCAGCAGCCCGCGCUGGGGGACCCGCUGGGGGACCCUCUGCUGGACGGCCCCCACUCGGGCACUCUGAGGCUGGGGGAGCUGGACCUGGCCAGGGAGAACCACAGGAACAUGAAGAACCGCGUGCUGCAGAGGCCUCUGAGCGACAAGACUCUGUCCGUCAACAUCCACCGGGGCCCCAAGGAGGGUCUGCUGUGCACCCCCACCCCCCACAGCUGCUGCCAGGUCAUCUAGAUCUGCUGCACCUCCACACUUAGUCUAGUUGCCAGCACUGUGAACCUGGAAAUGUUUAGUACCGCAAAGAGUUAUGUUAGAAAUGUGAAGUACGGUUCCCCAGCACAUGCUUACUUGCAUAUGUUGGGCAAUUUGCACAAUUAGCAUAGGUCGCCAUGUUUUUAAUUUCGGUGGGCUGAUUUUGACUAUGAGUAGGUUUGCGACCAUUGGAUAUAGAGAGCACAAGAUGAAAAUGACUGUGGACAAUAUUCUUUAAAUAGAUAAGCAAUCUCUCCAAUACAGAUGAUCCCCUAAGACUUCAAAAUCGACCCAAAAUGUAUCAAAACACUCCAUCAGGGGUACAAAUAUGGCCACUUUCCGGUUAAACCUUCAAUAUUUUAUCCUGAACGUGUCAGAAAUUGACUCAGAAUCCUCAAUAACCCCCGAAACCACUCCAAAAUUGUCCAAAUCGGACAAGCCAUAUUUUAACUUUUGUCAACAUAAGCUAUAAUGCUAAUUAACGCAAUUUAUGCUAAUUGUGCAAAUUUGCAAAUCCGGCAGUUUCUAUGUGCUGGGGACCCGUACUUAACAUUUCUAAUAUCAAACUUUGGGGUACUCGACAUUUCCGGGUUCACAAUAGGACCCUAGGAGUUGGCAAAUAGACUAACCCAUCAUUUGAUUCAUACAUGUCACUACUGGCUCAUGAGUUCACGUUUCUUUUGUUGCAUUUCAUGUUGUUUACUAUUAUUUAACACUAACGGUGGAUAACUGGGAUGAAACAGAAAUGCCUACUUUGCACAUUCGGAGACUCAGAGGUUUGCAGAGCAUGUGAAGCACUUUCAGGAGAUUAUACGGGACACUAAAUAAAGGGACAUUUGAACCUGCUGGUAUGUUUUAAAUAAGAGACAUUAAGUUCUGGAAAUAGAUACUGGAGGUGCUCACAUCCCUGCUCUUACACUUGUAUAUACUGUAUGUACACAUCCACACUAUAUCACUCUCUGAUAAGCUGAUCAAAGGGAAAGAUGACGAGUUUUAGUAUCAUGUUACAUGGCGUAUUUUGUUGUACUUUUAUGCGGUUUUGUUUUUAAAUAUUAUUUUUUUUAAUGAUUUUUUGAGACAAUCAUUUUAUCACUUUUUUUAAUUCUGACUGAAAUUCUGUUUUUAAUUGAAAUGAGGACAGAGAAAAAUGGAUAGCAGCACUUAAGAAUGAUGGUGGCACACAGUAUUUUGUAGUCUAUCACUGUUUUAUUUUUCUAUCUCGUACUUGCUCCACAGACUCGGAAGAAAGGAAAAGGCACACUCACUCGUCAAGUCUCUGCGCAGUAACACGUCAGAGUUUGUACAUAUGUGAAUAGCAGUACUCUGUACCUGUAGUAUUGACGGUAACGUUGUAUUUCAGUAGAAACCUGAAUACUAGAUCCUUUAUACACCAUUAACCAUCACUUCUACUGGUUAUACAAGGUUUCCAUUGAACCCACAGAUAGAAAUGUAUUUGAAAAUACAAUUUAAAAUAAAUUAGGAUAUAGGUAAUGGCAGCUCUUUAAAUUCAGAUUACUUCUGGAUAGAAAACCUUGUAUAUCCCGUAGCGUUCCAGGAUCACGGUAGCCACUGUUGUAGCAUAUUCCAAGACUAAAACAACAACGAGGGGUUUUAUUAUAACAAAACAACACCGCCCCUCCAAGUAUCGGUCUGUGUUACUGGAUGUGUGACCCCUAUGUGGAAUAUAUAACUUGACAGUGCAUGUGUUUUUACUGUAGCAACAUUACUUUGAGGUCGAUCCACCUGCGUUAUCUACUGAACUAACAGACUCAAAUGGUCACUUUACUGUAGCCUCACAGCAAUACCAGCGACUGCAAAAUGUACAACAAAAAUGGAUGUGCCAUAAAUUCUGUCUUGAGCAUAUUGUACUGUAUGUAUAUGAUAGAGAUAUAUUAAAAUGAAAAAAUGUGAAUGAAGUCUUGAUUUUUCUUUAAUUCAAGUUGAUGCGCUAUUUUCUUGUACUAAUUUGCAUAUAUAUUA